AUGGAUCCAAAAUAUAAAUACCGCAUGGAGAUUCAACAGAUGAUGUUUGUUUCUGGUGAGACUAACGACCCUCCUGUAGAGACUACAUCGUUGAUCGAGGAUAUAGUGAAAAGUCAAGUUAUUGAGAUUUUGUUACAAGCCACAAAGACUGCCCAUAGUCGUAGUAGCAAAGUUGUUUUACCUGAUGAUGUUAUUUUCUUGAUGCGUCAUGAUAAGGCAAAGGUCAAUAGAUUAAGGACGUAUUUAUCUUGGAAAGACCUACGUAAAAAUGCAAAGGAUCAAGAUGCAAGUGCUGCUGCAGGAGCUCCUGCAGUUGGAGGUGAAGAAGAAGCAAAAGCAGAGAAGGAUGAUAAAGAUGGUAUAGUCACGAAGGUUAAAAAAUCUCAAAUUAAAUUACCAUGGGAAUUGCAGUUUAUGUUUAACGAACAGGCACAGGACGAUGAAAAUGAUAUGGAUGACGAUGAGAGAGAGGCAUCUAUUAUAACAAUGAAACGUCUUAAGAUGGCUGAUGAUAGAACGAGAAAUAUGACAAAAGAGGAGUACGUGCAUUGGUCUGAUUGCCGUCAAGCUAGUUUCACUUUCAGAAAAACGAAGAGAUUCAAAGACUGGUCAGGUAUAACACAGAUUACAGAUGGUAAACCACACGACGAUGUUAUGGAUAUUCUUGGGUUCUUGACAUUUGAAAUGGUCUGUUCAUUGACAGAAGCAGCCUUGAAGAUCAAUAGACGUGAGCAAUUAAUACAAAGUCAAAAAAACAAGUCUCAAGUCAAUCAAGAUACAGCCUUUGAAACUACUGUUUUGAACAGGAAGAAAAGAUUAUUCGAUGGACCCGAUAACGUAGUACGCCCACUGAAAGCUAGGCAUAUAGAAGAAGCUUGGAGACAAUUGCAAUUACUUUCUCCAAAACAAAAGGCAUUAGGAACAUUUAAGGGUAAUAAGGUUACGAAGAGAUCUGUAUUUGUAUAA